UCAGUCUACGACCAGACAACGCCCCGACCGGACCGAAUUCCAACGGAACUCCCGCGCGCACGCGGUCCGGAAUGUUAGUGAUAAGGUGAUUAGUGUGAUAAGGUGUGACUAACAGGUGGAUAACUUUUUUUUUGUGGGCGAAGAAAAGUGAAAAUUUGGUGGAAAUUUUAAAAGAUUGUUUGACGAUGCGCUGGAAGGGGCUCCUGCUGCUGCUUUGUGCAGUGGCCCUGCUGGACAGGACAAUUCCGGUGAGGGCGGAUGAUGGGGACGGUGAUGACGUCAUCGCUGAUGACGUCACGGAAGAACCUAGCGAAGAUCAGGAUACGGAGGUGGCUGUGAGUGACGGUGAAGAAGAUGCUAAGGAAGAAGACGACGAUGGUCUGGCGGCGCUGACCAGGGUGGACGAAGAUGCCGUCGAAGUGGAUUCUUCGGCGACGGCUUCCGAGAAGCCUGCCGGGAAGAAGGGAAAGUACUACAACUACGACGACUUCCUGUCCAACCUGGAUACGUACGAUCCGAACUACGAUUGGAAUGAUCCCAUGCAGCGAACCCAGCCCAACAUUCCGCCCAACUUCCAAAAUGACAGCUCGGCGUACACGAUCACCCCGGCCCGACUGGCGGAACUCCGUCGCCAGUUCCUGUACCCGUUCUACGAUCGCGGAGGUCCCGAGGACAUCGGUGACCUGCAGCGGGACAUUCACGCGUCGAUGCCCCAGGUCCACAAGAACUUCAACUUCCAGCUGCCGUUCUUCGGGUUCCGUUUCAACUAUACGAGGGUUUCGAUGAACGGCUUCUUGGAGUUUUCGGAUCCUCCGGAGCACUACACGUACCCGCUGAACUUCCCGAUCAAGGACUGGCCCCGGCGGAACGAUCCGUCGUUCAUUGGAAUCUUCUUCUCCAAGUGCCGCAUUGGCAGGAUUUACGAUACGGACAUUGAUCAGCGAACUCCCGGGGUGUACUUCCGGAUGGAGCGCGAUCUGCAAACGAGAACCGAUCGGCUGGGCGUGGAGAUGCGCGAGCGGGUCAUGUGGGACAUCCGCGAGGGUGUGGUCGGAUCGGACACGUUCGUGCCGAAGCACGCGAUCGUAACGACGUGGAAGAACAUGAGCUUCGCCGGCGGUAUCGACAACUCGCUGUUUAGGACGAAUUCCUUCCAAAUGAUUCUGGCUACCGACGAAGUGUACACGUACGCGAUCUUCAACUACGUCAUCAUCAACUGGUCCUCGCACACUGAAGCUGGCGGUGAUACCACCGGUGGAGAAGGAGGUGUCCCUGCUUAUAUCGGCUUCAACGCUGGCAAUGGAACGCAAGCCUACGAGUACAAACCAUACAGUCAGGCAUCGGUCUUACGAGACUUGACCGGUCGUGGAUGGGCUAACGGAUUCCCCGGACGUCACAUCUUCCGUCUGGACGAGCGAAUCAUGCUGGGAACGUGCAACAAGGACAUAGACGCGGCCCAUCUUCCGCUGGUGUUCGCACCGGAGUCGGGUAACAUGUUGGGCGGUACGAUCGUCAACAUUACGGGACCGUGCUUCGAGCCUACCGAUCGGGUCGCGUGUCGAUUCGAUACGGAGGAGGUUAUCGGUACGUUCGUCGAUCGCAACCGGGUCAUCUGCGUGCAACCCUUCCUAAAGGCUCAGGGUUACAUUCGGUUUGAGAUUUCCGUUGGAGUGGAGCGAUUCAAGUGGAAGGGAAGGUACUUUGUGGAGACCCCGCAGACCGCUACCGAUCGGAUCUUCUUCGAGACGGACGACGUGCAUCGGCGCAAUCCUUCGGAGAUUCGCAUCACUUGGAACAGGUUCAACUUGACGACCAACUUGAACGCAAACAUCCAGAUAUCCCUUUGGGGAUACCGGGAAGCUACGAUUCGACCCGAGCUGGAAUACAUCGACAUGAUCGAACCACAACUCACAAACACCGGAGUCUACACGAUCGUUCCCGCCAACUUCCGCUUGAGGGAUAAUCCGCGAAACGUUGACAUGCAGUUUGGCUUCCUCCAGAUCAACUUGACCGACCCACUGCAAGCGAACCGACUGGGCAUUUCUCCAAUCCUCUGGUCCAAGCCGAUCCCACUCGGAUGGUACUUUGGUCCACAGUGGGAGCGUAUUCACGGACGGAACUGGCCCCGUGCCCUCUGCGACAACUGGUUGAUGACGGAUCGAUUCCUGCGCAACUUUGCCCACGAGCUGUCGCUGUGCCCCUGUACGCUGGAGCACGCCCUGCUGGACAAGGGUCGCUACCUGCCCGAUACGGACUGCGAUCGCGACUCGAACCCGACCUGUCUGCAGCACCGUGGAGCGAUCCACUGUGUACGAUCGGGUCAACCGUCGGCGCAGGGCUCGGAACAGCAGUGCUGCUACGAUCGUAACGGAUACCUGAUGCUGUCGUACGAUCAGAUGUGGGGAUCGCGACCGCGCCGCAAUCACAACAUCGGUCAGAUGCCCUGGAACGAAGCCAACAAGGUACCGACGCUGUCGACGUGGUUCCACGACGUCCGGCCGUACUAUUCAUGCUGUAUGUGGCAAGACGAGCAAGCAGUUGGUUGUGAAACGUUCCGAUUUGAGCGACGGCCUUCGCAGGACUGUAUCGCGUACCAAUCUCCUGCGGUCGGUGCCGUCUUCGGUGAUCCUCACAUCGUAACCUUCGACGGACUGCAGUACACGUUCAACGGCAUGGGAGAGUUCGUGCUGCUUCGCGGCAACAACGGCCGGGAACGCAUCGACGUGCAGGGACGCUUCGAACAGGUCGCUCGUAACAUCCACGGUCAGGUUAUGGCCACCCAGCUUACGUCUGUGGCCGCCCGUGGUAACACCUCAACGGUGAUCGAAGUCCGGCUGCGACCGCGGGACGCCCAGUGGCGUUACCGGCUGGACGUGUUCGCCGACGACCGUCGCAUCUACUUCGAUCGGCAGAGCCUCAAGUUCCAGCACUUCCACGGUGUAACGGUGUACACGCCAACGUACAUCUUGAACCAGUCCGAGGUCGUGAUCAUGUUUUCCUCCGGCGUUGGAGUGGAGGUCGUCGAGAACAAUGGCUUCAUGACGGCGCGGGUGUACACACCGUGGUCAUUCAUUAACAAAACGAUGGGUCUCUUUGGCAACUGGAGCUGGAAUCGUGCGGACGAUCUGGUGACUCCGGGUGGCGCUAUUGUAACUCCUAAUUUGAACAACUUCGAGACCGUACACAGGCAGUUUGCGAUGCUUUGGAUGCUCUCGGACCGCGAGCAGGAAGGCAUAGGGCGGGCGCUCUUCACGCGCGAGUUUGGCCGCACGUCCAGCUUCUUCGCGAAUGAGUCCUUUGUGCCGGAGUUCCGAGCCGAGCCGGCGAUGUUCCUGCCGCCGAACCGCACCCACGACGUCCAGCGGGCCGAGGAGCUGUGCGGCGAGAGCUACCAGUGUCGGUACGACUUCGGUAUGACGCUGCACCGGGAGAUGGCGCACUUUACGAAGAACUACCACGCGUCGGCUAUCAACAUCCAGACGAUCAACAAUGAACGGGUCAUAUCGUGUGGAAUCUUGGAGACGCCUCGGUUCGGACGUAAGUCCAACUUCCAGUUCACACCAGGUGCCCGGGUUUCGUUCGAGUGUAACGAGGGAUUCUUCCUGAUUGGAGAUUCGCGUCGGAUUUGUCGCGAGAACGGACAGUGGGACGUGCCAGAGUACGGGUUCACCGAGUGUCUACGCAAGGUAUUCUUUACUCGCCGGAUGGCUUGGAUCACCACGGGCAUUGUCCUAGCCGUAAUGUUACCACUGAUAAUGUGUAUCGUGUGUGGUGUGUACUGCUUCCGGAAGCGCAAGCUCAAGGAAGACCCGGACUGGCGUAUGCCUCUGCCGUCGAGAUCGGCUUCGCGAACGACCCUCCGAAAUUUGAACAGCGACGGUAGCGAGUACGAGGACAAUACGAUCAAGAAGGUCCGCCGGUACGAUGCGACGUACAACACGCACGAACCGCUGGCCGGCAAGCCGGACAUUCAGUUCGAACCGAAAAAGAUGGACCUGGACGAAGAGGACAUCACGUCGUCGGAAGGAGGUGAAUAUAGAGAUAGAGUUGUGCAUGAUUUCCAAUUUACCAACUUGGCUGGUCAAAAACAACUAGGUCGCCGGCGCAUGAUGAUGGACAACGACGGAACGGGCGAGGGCGGCGGCGCCGGACCUUCCAUGUUCAGCGAAGACGAGGACAACACCUACCCGCCGCCUCCGACCGAAUCGCCGACGGCCGCGUACGGAGCGUACAGCCCAACGUUCAGCGGAAUCGACCGGAACAGUAGCUUCGCCACCGAGGACGCUUCACCCGUCAACGUGCGACGUCCCGCUCCGUUCCCUCCGAACGCCUACGGCGCCGGAGACCCCAACGCAGGUCAACCCCUGAACCAGAACGUUGGCCUGCCGGCCAGAAUGGACAGCCGUUCGACCGAGGUCUAACCUUCCCCCCCAAUUGUUUUGCCUUGACAUAACCAAACCAGUAACCCAGAUAUUGCCGGUUACUGGACCGUUCAUAACCCUCCAGUGAAACAAAUCAGGUAUUUUAAGACAGCAUUCAUCAACUUCUAUUUUUUGUACCACAGUAAGCUCAAGUAGACGAUAGAUAAGACGCGACAGUUUUUCCUCUAGUGAUAAGGCCAACCCCCCCUUUUUAAAUGUAUGUAAUUAGUGAUAAGCGAGUGAGAAACAGAAAUAAAAAUCAAUAAAGUGCCCGCUCAAGACAAU